AAACUGCAACAAGCGAGAUACCGUGUGGAGAUACCGAGAUGCGCCCCGACCAUCGCUGAUCCGGGGUGGCCUCGAAGCGAGGCACUGAAAGACCCACCGGCCCAUAGGAUAUUGGAUGCAGAUCGCAAAUUGACUCGGACUCGCUUCGGAAACCAACGACCAUCGCAAUUGUGUCCCAUUGGCCACAUUCUUGCCCGGAGAACUGAGGCAUUGGCCAACCCGUGGCAGCACGAGCAUGUCCCCAGAGAGCCAUGCGACGCCUGUCUAUCGAGCACUGCUAUCUCAUGGACCACAAAGCAAAGUUGGAGAGACUUAAAAUAGGCAAGUCGCCCCCUGCAGGAGUCAGCCAACCUUCCAAUAAUCUUAACAUCACCUAAAAACACCUUCCACAAUGCCUCCAAGUAUGCUUGACACCCCAGCGACCAGCGGCAACGGCAACGCGACCGCAUCCAACACCUCACCGGCCUUUCUCGACACCACCCCAGGCCCAGACCAUGACUGGAAAGUAUCCUUGAAAGGAAAAGUAAUUGGCAUCACCGGAGGCAACAGGGGUAUCGGGCUGGCUCUCGCACAAGUGUGUCUCGCUAACGACGCAGAGGCUAUCUAUAGCUUAGACAUCUUCGAGCCCGGCGAGGAAUUCGCUGCACUGCAAAAAGCCUGUCCCAAGCGACUGCACUACGUUCACUGCGAUGUGACAUUUGAGGAAAGCGUCAACACUGCCAUCGACGCUGUCAUUGCUGCACAAGGUGCGAUCCACGGUUUUAUCGCCAAUGCUGGCAUGACGAAGCACCAGCCUGCUUUCGACUUCAGUCGCGCUCAAAUCGAUCAACUAUUCAACCUGAACGUCUUCGGCGCUUACUUCUGCGCUACUACAGUCGCUCGUCGCUUCAUCGACCUCGGAAUCAAGGGGUCUAUUGUCUUCACGGCUUCGAUGACUUCCUAUCGCCCCAACCGUGCAGCUCCUUCCGCACCCUAUGGAGCCACCAAGGGUGCCGUGCGGAACAUGACACACACACUGGCCAUGGAGUGGGCCAAGCAUGGGAUUCGCGUCAACUCGGUAUCGCCAGGGUUCAUCAAGACGGCCAUGACUUACUUUGUGGAUCAAGCCCCGGACUGGGAUCUCAAGAUGCAGUAUUAUGGCGGUAUGCCCAGGUUGGCGGAUCCCAAGGAGCUGGGCGGAGCUUAUGUAUAUUUGCUUUCUGACGGUGCGUCGUAUACGACGGGCAUUGAUAUUCCCGUGGCGGGCAUUGUGGGGGCGUGGUAG